AUGGCCCGACUUCGAAAAAGAUUGAGAAAGCCGGCAACCCUAAAUCCUUCAGUUAUUGGAAUUCUGGUAUUUGGUGGUGCGGAUCCUAUGACUGGAGUGCCUGGGUAUCGCGAUGCUUUUGCAGAAGCCUUUAGCAAAAAGAAGUGCAUUGAAGCGUGGGAAAAGGUUGGGGCAGCGCCCUGCACCAGAAAGUGCCUUCAGUCACAUCAGGUCUGCCAUCGGAUAGGAGACGAAUCUGACUCGUUUGCCAAUCAAUACAAGGAUUUGCAACUCCAGAACGACUUCUGCGUUGGAUGGCUUAAUUCCCAUGGACUAGAUGGUUGUCAUCUUGCUGCAAAGGUAGAUGUAAUAAAGAAAUCUGAACUUCCAGGGCUCACUUCAAUGGGUACAGCUGAAAUGCAAGAAAAGCUUAUGACAGCAAAUCAGUCUGGAAAAGCGUUCAUGCUAACUGCAGGACAUCACAAAACCCACAAUGACUAUUUUGUGGCUGCUACGCUACGAGACAAUGAGGAUGAAGCAAAGAAGUUGGAAACAAUCAAGAAGAUGAGACUUGAGCUUAUUGAGCAGGCCAAGGGCGGAAGGGACAUAUGGGAGGUGGACAGGAACACCGAGAUUACAAAGCUGACAAAGACCAAACUUGAAAAGCUCCUACUGUGGAAAGGCAUUGGAAGGAAAGACCAACCCAAACUCAUUGGAGUUUAA